AUGCGACAAGUACAACAGUGGGCUCAACGACGCUGGCAAGAAGACCUUAAGACCAAACUCAGCGGUCGUUCAGUGGGUAGUAAGACCUGGUGGACCACACUUAAGCAGCAGCAAGGCCUGACAUCAGAUGAUGAUGUUCCACCACUACACAAGUCCGAUGGUACAGUGGCCACCAAAAAUAAGGACAAAGCUGAAGUACUUGCAUCUUUUUUCUCCAACAAGAUGUCAGUACCUGAUCCUGAGCGCCCUCCUCCAUUUGUGCCAGCCCUCACAAAUGCGAAACUUUCCACCAUUACCAUCACUAUUGAGGAAGUACGGCAACGUCUGUCACAAGUUGACACUAACAAGGCCUUAGGCCCAGACAACAUAAGCCCUCAUAUCCUUAAGCACUGUGCCUCUCAGCUGGCUACACCCCUCACCGCCAUUUUUCAGCACUGCAUCACCACUGGAGUGUGGCCCACCCUCUGGAAGGGUGCCAGAGUGGUGGCAAUACACAAAAGGGCAAGAGGACUGAUCCCAAGAACUAUAGACCUAUCUCCUUUCUCUCAGUUCCUGGGAAAAGACACCUUUAUCAUUGCUCUCGACAUUGCGGGAGCAUUCGACAGGGUGUGGCAUCACGGCCUAAUCACCAAACUGAACAGCUUGGGUAUCCACGGGCAUCUGCUCCUCUUGCUGCAAGACUACCUGCGAGGCAGAUACCUCAGAGUGGUGAUGAAUGGACAAACAUCAGACCAACAUCCUAUCUCUGCCAGCGUCCCACAGGGUAGUGUUCUCGGCCCUCUCCUCUGGAAUGCAUUUUUUAAUGACCUGCUCCAGCUCAUUCCAGAGGCACAUGCAUACGCCGAUGACUGUACCCUGACAUUCCCUUGCGACAGCGGUGAUCACUGUGCGACUGUCGCACACAUCAACCAGGUACUGCAAACCAUAGUUUCAUGGGGGCAUCGAUGGCAAGUGGAACUUGCUCCUGACAAGACACAGGUGAUGCUGGUUUCCGACGACACUCCCCUGACACACCCACCAUCUUACUUGAUGGAAGGGCGUUACCCCUGCAGGCUUCCAUCUCCAUACUUGCUCAAGUCCGCCCCUUAUGGAGUAUGCCCUCUCACCUGGUUGUCCUGCCCCUCAUACUUAAGCCUUCUAGACAAGAUCCAGCAUCGAGCACAACGCCUGAUACGUCUAAAGGCCCCGCCAGACCAGCCGUCCCCUACCAUGCAGCCUCUUCAGCAGCGUCGUGAUGUGGCAGGGUUGUGUGUCAUCUACAAGACACAUAAGCAAGGCGCCCCGCACCUGACUGCACUCCGCCAGCCCUGGGCACAGCCACAUGGCCACACCACCAGAGCUGCCACAUCCAGGGUUCACCAACUCGUCGUCCCUUUUGCUAGGACGGAGACCUUCCUUCGCUCCUUCCUUCCACGUUAUACGCGAAUGUGGAACCAUCUGGUUAUGCAGACACAGCUUCACUACACCACCUCCCUACACACCUUUAAGUCUGCUGCCAAUGCAUGGAUUAAACAACCAUAG